AAUCUAUUUGAGAAUUUAUCAAUGGAUAUUCUAAAGGCAGAAAUAGCUAAAAAAAGAAAGCUGCUGGAAGAUAAAAAGCUUGUGGAUGCGAAAAAGAAGUUUUUCAAGCGUGGUGAACUUUUGGCGCAGGAAGAGGUUGAGUAUCUUGAAAAGAGUGGAUUGAAUAAAUUUGAUGGAACUACUAUCAACGGCUUAACUGAAAAAGAUGGCCAAUCCACACUGGGAGUUGACCCAAAAUAUGACUUCAAAAAGCUACCUCGGUCGGAAGUGAUAAGGAAGCUACGGGAACGCGGCGAACCUAUUUUGCUGUUUGGCGAAUCGGAAAAAGAAUCGUGCCAUCGGUUGCACCAGUUGGAAAUAUCGACCCCGGAAAUUAAUCGAGGCUUCCGGAACGACUUUCAGGAAGCGAUGGAACAGGUCGACGAGGAGUAUCUCAAUGAAAUUCUUACCUCUAACGGACAAGCACCCGGUAUGGGCAAAGCGAAAAAUUCCAACGAAGAUUACGCCAUUGACGAAAGUGUCACUUACGAAUCGAUACAGGAAAUGGCUGUUCGGUUAGGGCGUAGCGGAAAGGAUCACGACUGUCACGUAAUAAUGACGCUCAUUCAGUUCUUGCUUAAAAUGUGGAACGAUCAGUUGAGUGCGGUGACGGCCGCAGAGCGGAUGGCUACCAAGGGCAAAAUAGCACGGGCUACCUUUGAACAGACGCGACUGUAUCUGAAGCCGUUGCUUCGUAAGCUGAAGAACAAAACCAUCCCCGAGGAUAUCCUCGACAGCCUUACGGACAUUACAAAAAGUUUACUAAAGCGUGACUAUAUUCAUGCAAGCGAUGCUUAUCUGACCAUGGCCAUCGGAAAUGCACCGUGGCCGAUCGGUGUCACUAUGGUCGGUAUUCAUGCACGUACGGGGCGUGAAAAAAUUUUCUCGAAAAACGUGGCGCACGUCAUGAACGAUGAAACGCAGAGAAAGUACAUACAAGGGUUGAAACGACUGAUGACUAAAAUGCAGGAAUAUUUCCCAACCGACCCCUCGCGGUGCGUAGAGUACGUUAGUAAAAAGGAUAGACAGGAUUAA